AUGGAUGGUGAUGUGUUGCAUAUUGUCAAUGUAUAUUCAUCUUGUAAUUUUGUCAAAAAGAAAAAAAUGUGGGAAGAUUUGUUGACUUUAAAGCAACAUAGUGGAGUAGGAGAGUGGUGUGUGGGAGGAGAUUUUAAUGCCAUUUUACAUUCUUCGGAAAGAAUAGGUAGUAGUGCGGACGGCAGACAAAGUGAAAGAAUUAUGUUUAAUCGUUUUGUUGAAGAGAUGGGAGUGAUAGAUGUUCCGGUGUUAGGAAAAAAAUUCUCUUGGAUCAGUGCGGAUGGCAAAUCAAAGAGUCGGAUAGAUAGAUUCUUGUUAUCUGAUGGUUUUGUUACUAAGCAUGGUAUCACCGGGCAGUGGAUAGGAGAUCGCGAUAUAUCUGAUCACUGUCCAAUUUGGUUGAUAGUCUCACCCAAGGACUGGGGUCCUAAACCUUUUAGGGUGAUCAAUGGUUGGUUGGAUCAUCCAGAUUUUAUUUCUUUUGUGGAGUCCUCAUGGAAGAGUUUUGUUGUUCAUGGAAAAAAGGCUUAUGUAUUAAAAGAGAAGUUUAAACUAUUGAAAGAAAGUUUGAGAAAGUGGAAUAGAGAGAUUUUUGGUUUUCUUGAUCUUAAUAUUGAGAAGACUGUGAAGGACAUCAAUGACAUCGAAGGUCUUUUGGGUGGAGAUGACAUGGAUGUAGAGUUAACUAGAAGGGAAGGGCUUAAUAAAGAUUUUUGGAGACAACUUCAUCUCAAGGAGAGUCUUCUAAAACAAAAGUCUAGAACGAGGUGGGUCAAAGAAGGUGAUUCAAACACUAGAUACUUUCAUGAAUCCAUAAAAAGUAGAAGAAGAAGGAAUCAAUUAAUGGCUUUGAAGGACGAAGACCAUUGGGUACAUGGGGUGAAAGAGGUGAAGGGUUUUGUGAAGAAUUUUUUCGAGAACAAUUUUAAGGAGAAUUGGGAGAAUAGACCGAAUCUCAAUGGUAUUACGUUUCAUUCACUUUCUGAUGAGGAUAAUUUUUCGUUGAUGGCACCUUUUACCGUUGAUGAAGUUAGAUUUGGAGUAGUGAUGGUAAUAAAAGCCCAGGUCCAGACGGUUUCAAUUUUAAUUUUUUGA